AUGAGGACCGUUUUAAUGUCAGCAAGAACAUGCUUCCAGUUGGCAGCAUCCACUGUGUCCAGAAGACCAUCUUUAUUGAGGCCAAUGGUGGCCACAGUGUCCCAAAUGAGGAAUUUAGCGCCAAUGGCAGGAACAUUGGCCUUUAGAAGAAAUAUCAUCACCACCGUGAAGAGCACGGGUAGCCAGGAGGAGGAAAUUCUUGUUGCACAGAGGAAAAACAGGCCUCUUUCUCCCCACUUGUCAAUUUACCAGAAGCAGCUAACAAAUGUGAUGUCCGCACUCCAUAGACUAUCUGGUGUUGCCCUUGCCGCUGGUUUUUAUGGUGUCACGUGCUCAUUUGCAGCUGCUUCCAUUCUCGGCGUCCCGAUCGACCCUUCGGCACUUGUGAAUUUCUUUGCGGGCUUGCCAACUUUUGUGGAUUAUGCCUUAAAGGCAGUCGUCGGCUUCCCUUUUGUCUACCACUGCAUUAACGGGGUUAGGCAUCUUAUAUGGGACUCUUCCCACAUGACCUCUUUGAAGGGUGUCUAUUUGACGGGAUAUAUAACAAUUGGAUUGACGGCAGUUGGCGGGUUGUGGCUCUUGUUCUGUUGA